UUUUCUUGAAAUACUAUAAAACAAGAAUAGUAGACCUCACGCCAAAGUCUUCCCCAUCUCCCUCUCUUCCCCCUAAAUUCUUUAUUGUUAAACACCACAUCUACACCGGUGUUAGCCACUUUCUUCUCCUCCGAGAGAUAUGGCUGCGGCGGUGGCGGUGGCGGCGACGACAACGGCGGCAGCCUCUUGUGUGUUAGCAGUAACACUAGUUUUACUACUGUCAACAGCAGUGGAAUCAAGAUUCGUGGUGGAGAAGAGCAGCAUCAGCGUGGUGUCGCCUUUCGACAAGCGGUCAAAGCACGAUGCUGCCAUCGCGAACUUCGGCGUGCCCGACUACGGCGGCUCGUUGACCGGCACUCUGGUCUACCCCGACAAGGGCCAGGUCGGCUGCUCCGCCUUCGACGGAGAUAGGCCAUUCAAGCCGAAGUCGUCUCGCCCCACCAUUCUCCUCCUCGACCGUGGAGAGUGCUUCUUCGCGCUAAAGGUAUGGAACGGGCAGCAGGCGGGGGCGUCGGCGGUUCUAGUAGCGGACAUCAUAGACGAACCUCUCAUCACCAUGGACUCGCCCCAAGACAGCAGCCCCGAAGCUGCCGGAUACGUGGAGAAGAUCGGCAUCCCGUCGGCUCUCAUCGGUCGUCCUUUGGGCGACACACUCAAGGAGGCCCUCAAGAAAGGCGAGGACGUCGUGGUCAAGAUAGACUGGUCAGAGUCGAUGCCUCACCCCGACGAGAGGGUGGAGUACGAGCUCUGGACCAACAGCAACGACGAGUGCGGCAGCCGCUGCGACGAGCAGAUGAACUUCAUCAAGAACUUCAAGGGCCACGCACAGAUCCUCGAGAAAGGAGGGUACACGCAGUUCACGCCACACUACAUCACGUGGUAUUGCCCGCGGGACUUCGUGCAGACGGAGCAGUGCAAGUCGCAGUGCAUCAACCGCGGCAGGUACUGCGCCCCCGACCCUGAACUGGACUUCAGCUCGGGGUAUUCAGGGAAGGACGUCGUCUUGGAGAAUUUGAGGCAGCUCUGUGUGCACAGAGUUGCUAACCAGACUAACCGGUCCUGGAUUUGGUGGGAUUAUGUUUCUGAUUUCCAUAUUAGGUGCUCCAUGAAGCACAACAGGUACAGCAAAGAGUGUGCAGAGGAAGUCAUGAAAUCACUUGGUAUAUCGGUUGAGAAGAUAAAUAAGUGCAUGGGUGAUCCAGAAGCCGAUACUGAGAACGAAGUCCUGAAAAUCGAGCAAGAACUUCAGGUUGGUCAUGGAUCACGUGGCGAUGUUACCAUCUUACCAACUAUGGUGAUGAAUAAUGUUCAAUACAGAGGGAAGUUGGAGAGGAACGCUGUGCUGAAAGCCGUAUGUGCAGGGUUUAAGGAGACGACGGAGCCUCCUAUUUGCCUGAGCGGAGAUGUAGAGACAAACCAGUGCCUUGAGAACAACGGAGGGUGUUGGCGCGACAAUGAAUCUAACGUAACAGCCUGCAAGGACACAUUCAGGGGAAGAGUUUGCGAGUGCCCUUUAGUAAACGGCGUUCAGUUUCAAGGAGACGGAUACGAAUCAUGUCACGCUGUUGGGCCGGGGAGGUGCUCUGUCAACAAUGGAGGCUGCUGGUCGGAACACAAGCAUGGACUUAAGUUCUCCGCGUGCAAGGACAAUGAUCUGUCGGGCUGCCAUUGUCCGGCUGGCUUCACCGGAGAUGGUAAAACGUGUCAAGACAUGGACGAGUGCAAAUUAGGGACUGCCUGUCAGUGUGAUGGAUGUAGCUGUAAGAAUACAUGGGGUGGAUUUGAGUGCAGUUGCAGAGGAGACCAAAUCUACAUAAACGAGCACGAUACCUGCAUUGAAAGGAAAAGCUCCAAACUGAGUGGGAUUCUUACCGUUGUGGUGCUUGCCGUAGUGAUGAGUGUUGGACUAGCUGGUUACAUAUUCUACAAAUACAGACUAAGGUCUUACAUGGACUCGGAGAUAAUGGCUAUCAUGUCACAAUACAUGCCUCUCGAUAGCCAGCAGAAUCAGCAGGUUGUCCAUCACGACAAUGAACCAUUGGCGCAUUCUUCCUCCGUUUAAGGUGAUGAGUUGAGUUGCACGCCGCAGAUCAUGUCCUGUCCUGCCCCAGAGCCAGUGUUUUUCCUCACUAUGCUGUUCUUAGUCAUAAACAUACAAAAGAGUAUUGGUUCUGUACAUAACGUUUUAGAGACGAUGUAUACCACACACACACAGCCUUCAAAAGUAUACGAGUUGACAUUCCGGCUACCUUGUGAUGUAUAUUAAGGGAAGGGUUUUGGUUUCUGUA